UGUACAGCACUGUACCGACGUCCUUCUCAAGCAGCAGCAGCAGAACAUCUUGAGUGUUGAAUGUUAUUCAUGGGAGGUGGCAUACUGCUCAAUAAGGCGUUUCCGCGCUCAAGUGGGCUGGGACUCGAACAUUUCCACUAAGGAGUGGAAUAUCCCGAGGAGAAAAAAGGAAGACCACACUGCUUUGGCCGUAUCACGCAGUGAACCUUCUACCUCGAAGCUCGGAUGUACGGUCUCGUGAAAGGUCCUGUAAGAGGAAUUCUCACGUGGACGCAGCCGGAGCAUGAAAACAUCUCCGUACCCGAGACUAGCUCCGUUCCUCUUUCUCCUCCUCAUUGACAAUUUACAGUAGUGGGUACCAACACACGGCGGGUGUUUUCAGCACUUGGACUGAAUAUGUACCAGGGACAUUCACAGGAAAAAGACUCUAGGGCGGUUGCUAUGGUGCUGAAGGAGCUACCAAGUAAGGCAUCUUCAGAUGGAAAACCCCUGCUCACCGUGACAACCAAGUUGUGUAGUGAGCAGCAAGAGAGCCGUCCAUUACUGAGCCCUUCUAUCGAUGACUUCCAGAGUGAGAGCAAGAGUGAUGGAGCCACACGGCCAGUCACCUCCAACACAGCAGUCUUGUCCACAGCACUAGACCUGGUGGACUUGAGUGAACCAUGUGAGAGAAGGUGGAGCUGGGACAGACGGAGUCCACAUGGGUCCCGUAAGAAUGGUUUCUCUAAAAGUAGCCUCCGCAAGAAGAAGACUGAAGAGACGGAGCUGAUCCAGGUGGAGACAGAGCCAACAUCCCUCAGCCGUUCUAACCCUGAAAGAGCCUCAUUAGAUUCAGUGAGCAGCUCACCCCUGGAGAAAUGGGAGGAGGUGAGCCUUCACCCAGACAGUGCCUUGAAUGGAGGGCGGAAGUGGAGAUAUGAGAGGAAGAGGUGCACAUCCAACCAUUCAUCCUCUGAGCUUUUGUGGUCUGCAGAUUUUAAAACAGAUUUCUCUAAUAGGCAUAGCACUCUGGAACUCAGCAUUAGCACGGAGUCAGACCCCGGGCCGGCCCCUCAGCGGCAGAGGCCCCAGCUGGGCGGUUCUUUACUGGGGAGACAACACUCAUUAGAGGAGGAGUUUGUUCGAGCCAAGGCUGCUGUGGAGUCAGACACUGAGUUCUGGGAUAAAAUGCAGGCAGAGUGGGAGGAGUUGGCAAGGAGGAACUGGUUGGAGGACUCUGACAGUGAAGGCCUGGUUCCACCCAACUUUUCAUCCCCUGAAAAGGGUUACUACUUCCAUGCCAAUAACCCUUACAAAGACUGCACCAAUGCUUUUGAACAGGGGCUGCAGAAGUGCAAGGACGGGGAUCUGAACAGUGCCGUACUACUGCUGGAGGCAGCCAUCUUACAAGACCCUCAGGACUCAGAGGCCUGGCAGGUUUUGGGCACCACACAAGCAGAGAAUGAGAAUGAGCAGGCAGCCAUUGUUUGUCUUCAGAGAUGUUUGGAGCUGCACCCAAACAAUCUGAAGGCCCUGAUGGCUCUGGCGGUGAGCCUGACCAACACAGGGCAGCAGCCGGAGGCCUGUGAGGCUCUUCACCGCUGGAUCAGAUACAACCCCAGAUACAGACAUCUGCUCCAGAACCGCAGCCCUCUGGAUGGUUCCCCAUUGCCCAGCCGCAGAGGUUCCUCCAUCUCCCCCAUUCCCACUCUCGGAUGCUCUCAGCUAGUGGAGGUGUUGGAGCUGUAUCAGGAAGCAGUGCAGAACACUGAAGGGGUGGACCCUGACCUCCAGACAGGCUUGGGUGUGCUCUUCAACCUCAGUUCAGAGUUUGACAAAGCUGUGGACGCCUUCAACGCCGCACUGUCUGUUCGACCUGAGGACUAUCUACUGUGGAAUCGGCUUGGGGCCACACUGGCAAAUGGGGACCGCAGUGAGGAGGCAGUGGAGGCCUAUACCAGAGCCCUGGAGCUCCAGCCAGGCUUCAUCCGCUCGAGAUACAACCUCGGCAUCAGCUGCAUCAACCUGGGGGCACAUCGAGAGGCAGUGAGCAACUUCCUGACAGCUCUGCACCAGCAGAGGAAGAGCAGGAGUCAUCAGGUGAUGUCCAGCAACAUCUGGGCGGCUCUGCGGAUCGCCCUCUCACUCAUGGACCAGCCAGAACUUUUCCAGGCAGCAAGCGUGGGAGAUCUGGACCUUCUAAUGAGGGCCUUCAACAUGGACAUGUGAUCAAACUCGGACCUGUGAAAUCUAUUAUUCACUAACAGUAGGCAUAAAGUUAGGCUCGAGUGAAAACAGGAUGUCAAUUUAAUAUGCAGAGUGUGCACAGCUAUUUUUGUUGUAUUUAUGGGCAGCCUUUGCUUUUCAGAGGCCACUGAAGAGGGCGUUUAUAUUCUAUAGAGCACAAACAGAAGAGGUACGUGAAGGUUUUUGAAACUAGAGGAAUACAUGACAGAAAAAGAGAGCAAAAGCACUUUUUCUUGAUGUUAGUUAUAUUUUACUGUAAUAUUUUUAAGCUUAUCUGAAAACUUUGUAUACUUGAGAAAAAUGAACCAAAACUUUGUUGGGGAAUAUGGGAGGAUUUUGUUUAGUUUAUGGAUUAGAAUUGAAUAUUAAUCUUCAAAGAACCUAGCUAUCUGUCAUGGCCAGUUCAGAUCUCAAGAACCUUUGUUCUGUGUUUUUCAUGUUCAUUUUACAAUGUUAAUUCACAUUCCUCACCACAAGGUGGCGCUGUUGUUCCACUGAAAAGAGCAUAGGCUUAUAGCCAAUCAGUUCAUCCUCUACCAAACCCAGUGAUGUCAAGUUUAAUGUGAGGAAUGACACUAGGGCUGCAUCUGAAAUUGCAUACUCUCUUGAGUAGGUAAGUAAUUACUUCCCGGUAGCUAAAAAAUAAGUUCUAUACAGAUUUGAAUAUGUGUAGUAUGAAUGUAAUCCGGACGUACUACAUUCUCAAUGCUGUCAUUGUCAUGUGACUUGCCAGUGUAAGUUGCAUCGCUUCACUGUCAUUCACAAAUCCUCUCCCGUGGGCUUAUGGGAUAGUAAAGUGUCCAUCGAAUCUCACCAUAAGUAUUAGGUCAUCCGGGUACUUUUUGGCCACUCUUUUAUGAGUACUGUGAAUUCAGACAUACUUAAUUUGUCACAUACUGUUUUUCUCCUACUAUAUAGUAGAUAGUAGGGAAGUAUGCAAUUUUGGUUGCAGCCUAGCUGAAUUUGACUUUAGGACACAACACCCUCUCAGGGUGAUCUACUGUAUACCCAGGUGUGCAGGCAGGGCGUGUUCCCCAGGCCAUCUGUCUUCCAGCAAGCCCCUUUUAAUACUGUGUGCUCCGGGGCAUUCUGGAUCAGGGCUCGGUGGGGAGCAACUUCAAAGACUCUGCAUGAAAGGUCACAGCAAAAGCAGUAUCAUGUUGAAAGUGAGCGAGUUCAUUUAAGACCGUUAGCCCAAACAUUUAAAGGGGCCGGAUACAUUCACAAAAUCUAUGAACAACAACAUCUUGGUCAUACAGUUGAGUCGUUGGGCCUGGUAAGUUUGAAGUGCAUUUCAUGAGACUGAAAUCCCUUUAUUGUGCAUACAUAUAACAGUUUAUAGUGAAGAAACCAUGUGCUAGAACAUUAUGAUUUCAGCUCAUUUGUAUAGUAUUAGGCUGGAUAUUUUCUUUGAAGAAAUAACUAUGCAAACCACCAUUGUGUUUUAUUUUAUUUUUCUAAAUUUACCAAAAAAUCUUAGUGGGUGACCUUAUUCAGAUUUGUCUUUAUAAUUUUUACACUAUGCAUUAUUAGUUGGAGUCAGAGUAACAGGAGUGAGCUGAGGUGAUUGAAGGGCACUGAAUGAGACACAGUGUUUAAAGACAUAAAUAACAUUAAUAACCUUAAUGAUUUUGUUUGAGAAAAGACAGAUAAAAUUGCUUCAUUAGAUGCAUCUACAAUUUAAAUCUUACAGAAGAUUUGGAAAAUCUGAUGAUUGCAUGUGAUACAGAAGACAGAUUUUCCUCUCUUCAUGGUCCCUUAUUUUAACUUUAAAGUGAAUGUAACUACUAUAAAUGUACAUUUUUGACAUAAAGCAAAAUUCCAACACCAAGCAUACUAUAUAUGACAAUAUUUAAAAUCAUAUGCCAUGUAUGAGCACAGUAUGCGGGCAUUAAUGACACUUGUCUUGUAGUAAAUCACACUAGUUUUGCUAUGAUCAGAGCUGUCAUGUAACUAUAAAUAUAAUUACUGGCAAAAAAAAAAAAAAAAGUAGAAUAGCAGAAGGAAAUGUAUUAAAUUUUUAUUCAUGUAAAAUAGACUAUUUCAUGGAAUGAACAGUCAUAAAAUGUAUGCAUGUCUACCCAUCAAGUAUCAUCUUUCAGUCUCUCCUACAUUAACAGGUAAUAUAGCCAAGAUGCAUUUAUAACCUAUUUAUUAAAGUUGUAUUUUA